CCCGAGAGAGAACGCACGCCGGGCUGCUGCGCCACGCUGCGCCCCGCCGCGCGCCACGCUCCCGCCGACUUGCGCGCGUGCUGUGAGAGUGAGCGAGAGAGUGAGUGAGAGCAAGUGAGUGCAGUGCCGCCGUGGUGUUUACAGUGAGAGCAACCAUGAGGAUGACAUGAAGACGCUGAGCGCGCCGAGCGGCCGCGGCGUCGGCGUGCACGUGCUGGGGCUGGCGCCGAGGCCCGGGCUGGGGGCGCCGCUGGGGCCGCCCGGCCUCGGGCCGCACGGCCCGCACGGGCUGGGGCCGGGCCUGGGGCCGCCGAGCAGCAUGCCGCAACGGUCGCCGUUCGCCAUCCAGGAGCUGCUGGGGCUCUCGGACCCGGAGGGCCCGCCGAGGAGCCCGUCGGGCGCCGGGGCCGUGUCGCCCGUGACCCCCGGCGGGCCCGGGGCGCCGCUCAGGGGCCCAGGACACGGGCCGCCCCACGGCCCGCACGGCCCCGCGCCCCCGAGCUCCUUCCCCUCGCACAUGGCGCACGCCGCCCACCACCACAUGUCUGUCGCCGGCCACAUGUCCAGGAUGGCCUACCUGAACGCGCAGGCCGCGGUGGCCGCCGCCUUCCUCCCCCACAACAUCAACAUGGCCCACGGGACCAUGGCCGCCAACUCCAUGGGGCUGCACCACCGAGCGGGACUCGAGCAGGCGCCCCCAGGUUUUCCUCAACUGAAGUCACCCCCAUUUUCAACACCAGGCUCAUGUUUACCAGGCUUAAGUCACCUGGACAACCCCAACAAGGAUUACACAGCCGAGAACCUCAGUGGCUACGGCAGUGCGGCCGCGGGCGGCAAGACGAAGAAGAAGAAGCGGAGGCAUAGCAGGACAAUCUUCACCAGCUUCCAGCUCGAGGAGCUGGAGAAGGCGUUUAAAGAGGCCCACUACCCGGACGUGUACGCCCGGGAGCUACUCUCGCUCAAGACCGACCUACCCGAGGACAGGAUACAGGUGUGGUUCCAGAACCGGAGGGCCAAGUGGAGGAAGACGGAGAAGUGCUGGGGCCGGUCCACCAUCAUGGCCGAGUACGGGCUGUACGGCGCCAUGGUCCGGCACUCGUUGCCGCUCCCGGACACCAUCCUCAAGUCCGCCAAGGAGAACGAGUGCGUCGCGCCCUGGCUGCUCGCAGGUAUGCACCGCAAGUCGCUGGAGGCGGCUGAACACCUCAAGGACGACAGCGACCGGGAGGGCGAGAAGGAGGGCGACAAGGACGCCGACAAGGACGGCGAGGAGCACGACGAGGACCUCGACAAGAGCACGGACAAGAGCAGCGAGCUGACCAACGGCAGCGCGUCGCCCAGGUGCUCGUCGGGCGGGCCGCAGCUCGGCACGCCCCCGCACCUGGGGUCCCCGCGGGGCUCGGGGCCGCCGCCGCCGGAGCACGAGCUCCGCGGCGAGCACCGCGGCGAGCUCCGCGGCGAGCACCUCCACCACCACCAGCAGCACGCGCCGCCCCCGCAGCCACCGCCGCCCCCGAGCAGCACGAGCAGCAGCGUCAGCGUGAGCAGCGACUCGGAGACGCCCACCCCCACCCACCCCGCCGGCCCGGGGUCGCCGGUGAGCGGGUCCCCGGUGGGCGCCGCCGCGCAGCCCACGGCCGCCUCCGGGCCCGGGGGGCCAGCGGGGCCCGCGGGGCCGCAGCCCGGUCCGCCACAGGGCCUGCACCCGACCCGGGACGGUCGCGACCCCGACGAGUUCCGCAACAACAGCAUCGCCUGCCUGCGCGCCAAGGCCCUGGAGCACAGCGCCAAGCUGCUGGGCAUGACCUCGGCGGACGCGCUCAUCAUGACGUCCUCGCUGCUGGGCGCCGGCCGCGGGCCCCACCCCGCGCAGUCCGUUCUGCCGCCAUGCGACGCCAACGCCAACUCGCUGGCGGGGGUCGGACAUCCGCUGGACCACCUGCACCCCGCGGCCCACCUGCUGCACUACCCCCACCACGAUGCGCACCCCCACCCCGCCUUCUGGCACCAGCCCACCAAGCAGGAGGCCAGCCCUUGACGGGCUGCCGGGGCGGCCGCGGCUGCCGGUGCCCGGGGGUGCUACCCUUACCCCUACCCCUGCCCGGGCCCGGAGCGCCACGCGUCGCAAUGAGCUCGGCGACGAGGCGACAGGCGGGCUCGGACCACUGCCAGUCCCAACCUGGUUCAGGGACCCUGUGGGGGGCCCUAAAGUGAGGUUCGACAGCCGUGGCUGGGCUGGGCGGGCGGGCAGGGGAGAUCGCUAGUCUGAGCAGGAGCCGUGUAAGGCUCGUGCAACAUGCAAACCGUGUUAAGUUGUGUCGAGUUUUCAACCCCCAUAGAGCGGGCCGAGGCGAGCCCCUCUGGUAGAGACGAUGUGGGUGAUCGCAGGGCGGAUCUCGUGUGAUGUGAUAAUGACUUGAACAGGCGCUCGGCGCACUGGUGCUGAUAAGCUGUGUACAUUUUUAUUAAAGUUAUCUUAAUAAUAAAUUAACUAAUUAUUACUUGAGUAAUGUAUGAGCGUAUGUUUGUAUGUGUGUGUGUUGUGUAUGUAUCUAUAUGGAUGUAAGUGUGUAUGUAUAUGUAUGGAUAUAUUUAACAUAUUUAGAAAGUCAUUUAGAGGCAUCUAAGAUGAAUUUGUGACAAGUUCUUGUCAUGCUGAAGCUGAAGGCAAUUUUUACGUGAGUAAUUAAAGCUGAGGAUUUUGUACCAGAAAAAAACACGGUUCUGCCACUCUUGAAAUCAAGCCUUGUAGCUUCACACCAGCAAAAUUAGAAAAUCCAUUGAUUACAUGUUUUAUAAUUUCUGUAGGCUGCAGCAUUUUGAUUUGUAAAACUGCUUGGGCCUAAAUGCUUUGCUGUUGUGUGUGUUGUGAGCUUCCAAUUUUAAUGUAAAUUCUGAUCAAUUUAUGGAGGAAGAUUUUACAUUAAACAAACCAGCUGGUCAUGCAUAAAUUAAAAUUGUCUGCCUUAAUGUCUCAUUAUAAGUUUAUCAUGUAUAUUUUAUUUUAUGGUGCAAUAUUUAAUUUAAUUGGGUUAGCACCCUGGAGUGUAAUCAAUGAGAUUGACCGUCAUAACUAUAUUCUCAUUUAAUUGGAAGUUAUUAGUUGAGGUAGAAUGAAUGUCGUGAGAGCAGAGGAAUGCAGUAGGUUCAUAUAGGUUUAUUAAAAAGGUACAAAACACCCA